AUGGGCUCCGAGCUGCCCGCACCUUGGCUGCUGCUCUUCACCUGGCUCCCAGCAGGGUGUGUGUCCUUGCUGGUGACAGUCCAGCACACGGAGCGCUAUGUCACCCUGUUUGCCUCCGUCGUUCUCAAAUGUGACUACACCACCUCUGCCCAGCUCCAGGAUGUGGUGGUGACGUGGCGCUUCAAGUCCUUCUGCAAGGACCCCAUCUUUGAUUACUACUCUGCAUCAUACCAGGCGGCUUUAUCCCUGGGCCAGGACCCAUCCAACGACUGCAAUGACAGCCAGCGGGAGGUUCGCAUCGUGGCCCAGAGGCGGGGGCAGAACGAGCCCGUGCUGGGGGUGGAUUACCGGCAGCGCAAGAUCACCAUCCAGAACCGAGCAGAUCUUGUGAUUAAUGAAGUGAUGUGGUGGGACCAUGGAGUGUAUUAUUGCACCAUUGAGGCUCCAGGGGACACGUCAGGAGACCCAGAUAAGGAAGUGAAGCUCAUUGUCCUGCACUGGCUGACGGUGAUCCUCAUCAUCCUGGGGGCCCUCCUUCUGAUCCUGCUGAUUGGAGUGUGCUGGUGCCAGUGCUGUCCUCAGUACUGCUGCUGCUACGUCCGCUGCCCCUGCUGUCCCACCCGCUGCUGCUGCCCUGAGGAAGCCCUGGCCCACGACCGCUACACGAAGCAGGCUCAGGCCCUAGGCCCUCAGAUGAUCGAAAAACCCCUGUACUGGGGGGCGGACAGGAGCUCCCAGUUUUCAUCUUAUCCAAUGAACCCACUGCUGCAGCGAGAUUUGUCCCUGCGAUCCAGCCUCCCAGAGAUGCCAUUGACCCAGACCACCACUCACCCUCCCAUCACCAACGGUGUCCUAGAGUAUUUGGAGAAAGAGCUGCGGAACCUCAACCCAGCCCAGCCUCUGCCGGCUGACCUCCAAGGCAGAUCUGGCCAUCCCCGCAGCAUGCUGUCCUCCCUGGGCUCUGAGGUCGUGGAACGCAGAAUCAUCCACCUGCCCCCGCUGGUCAGAGACCUGCCGUCUCUGCGGAGGACCAGCAACUCCUCCCACCAGCAGUGGCUCCCCCCGCCUCCCCCCGGACCCUGGGAUCUGAGGGAGGGGAGAAGGCAGCACCGCUACUCUGAUUUCCAGCAGGAGCACUGGGACCGGGAGCCUCAGCGCUGGGCGCUGGAGCAAAGGGAGCUGGGCCGACUGCGGAGCGGAAGGCACCGCGGCUCCAGGCAGCGCGGGUCACCCACGCCCUGGUCAGACAGGGACAGCCUCAGCGACGGCCCCUCGUCCAGCGAGGCCCGCUGGCCGCCCAACCGCCCCCGUCUCCGGAGCCGCUUCCCAGAGAGAGCCCGCGGGCCCAGCCCCCGGGGCGCCUCCCAGGGACACCAGAGGCGCCGGCACCGCAGCUACUCCCCUCCCCUGCCCUCCGGCCUCAGUUCCUGGAGCUCCGAGGAGGAGGAGGAGAAGGAGAGGCAGCCCCGGAGUCGGGGGCCCCGCCGCCGCCGCCGCUCGCGCUCCCCAAACUGGCUUGAGGAGAAGCCACCCAGCUACCGCUCCCUGGAUGUCACCCCAGGCAAGAAUGUCAGGAAAAAAGGGAGUGUGGAGAGGCGCUCGGAAGAGAAUCCCUGUACAAGACAAGUAGAAUGUGAAGUCUCUUCAUGUGAAGCCCUACAGAUCAGAAGAGACCCAAGAUUCAAGAGAACAGAGAGGCCUGGGUCUCCUUGGCAUGCAAACCUCAUGGCUGUCAUCCCAUUAGUUGUUUUGUUUUCUUCAUCCUUUACCUACAAUAGAGGGAAGUAAAAAUCAGUUACAGCUGACAAGAGGGAACUGCUGAUCAGAAACUUUGAUCAUCAGUCAUUUCCUUGGUAAGAAAUUGAUAAGCCCAGUCAUUGUUCUCUAAGAUAAUUUGGAAACUAGGCCAUUCCUCAACUUACCAUCAUGCUAGAAAUACUUUUCCCAUCUUCUCGAAUGAUCAGAGUGUACCAUUUUUUCUCCUCCACAGAAUGCUCAGUGUAGACAGACAAAUUGUGAUAUUUCAGUUGGAAGUGGAAAUUCUGGCUUUUUGUCUUCAGGUGGAGUUUGGAAUAGUGUGGCAUUUUCUAUAGAAUGAAGAGCCUGUCACACUCACCUUCUACCCCAUCUUGGACAUCACAAUCUCAUAGUGACCCAGGGCAGGUGACCUCAUUAGAUACUUUCAACAUUACCCUUUAACCUAGUAAUUCCAUUUCUAGAAAUAUACCAUAGAAGUAAUGAGAGGCUUGAAUAAAGUUUUAUGAG